UUUUCAAAAUUUUGGUUGGGUAGUUAACUCACCAUAAAGCUAAUGACCAAAUGGAAAACUAGUUUCAGAUGAUGAUCCACCCACAUUUCACAAUUUCACAAAUGCAGUUAUGGCGGUGUUUGCUUACACUGCUUCCAUUUCCCGACCUUCUCCUUUUCUCAACAAUUCUCUCUACUUUCCCCCAGUUCAAAUCCCUUUCUUUGCCUCUCUAGCUCCUCUGCCAAAUCGCAGAAAUUCGAAAAGCAUACACACUGUUUUGCCCAGUUCUCGCGCACCUCUGGAUUUGCCCAUUACGUCUUCCCGGCAGUUACUCGAGUGUUUGUUGAAUCGUGAGGAUUUCAGUGAAGAGGAAGCCGAAGAAUCGCUUAAUUUCUUGCUUAAUGAUGGUAGUGAAGCUUUGAUAAGUGCCUUUCUUGUUUUAUUAAGAGCCAAGGGGGAAACUUUUGAAGAGGUUGUAGGGCUAGCAAGGGCUAUGAUCAAAUGUUGCAGUAAGGUUGAAGGGGUUUAUGAUGCAGUCGACAUUGUUGGGACCGGCGGUGAUGGGGCAAACACUGUAAAUAUUUCAACAGGAGCAGCUAUUCUGGCUGCAGCCUGUGGUGCUAAAGUUGCAAAGCAAGGAAACCGAUCGAGUUCUUCUGCUUGUGGAAGUGCUGAUGUAUUGGAAGCCUUGGGAGUGAUCAUUGAUUUGGACCCUGAGGGUGUUAAGAAAUGUGUGGAAGAGGUGGGUAUUGGUUUUAUGAUGUCUCCUAAGUACCAUGGGGCCAUGAAGAUUUUUGCUCCUGUGAGGAAAAAACUUGGAGUGAAAACUGUGUUUAAUAUCUUGGGUCCCAUGUUGAAUCCAGCCCGGGUUCCUUUUGCUGUUGUUGGUGUGUAUGAGGACAGUAUGGUCACAAAAAUGGGUAAAGCACUGCAAAGAUAUGGCAUGAAAAGAGCACUAGUUGUUCAUUCGGAGGGUUUGGAUGAAAUGAGUCCUCUUGGGCCUGGAGUAGUCCUUGAUGUUACACCUGGAAAGGUUGAAAAAUUCACUUUUGACCCAGUAAAUUUUGGCAUUCCCCGCUGCACUCUAGAAGACUUGCGAGGGGGAGACCCAGAAUAUAAUGCAAAGGUACUAAGGCGUGUGUUAUCCGGUGAGAGAGGGCCUAUUGCAGAUGCAUUUGUUCUAAACGCAGCAGCAGCUUUAUUGGUGAGUGGGCACGUUAGCACUCUAGGAGAUGGGGUGGUAGUAGCCCGCACAACACAUUUAUCAGGGAAGGCUCUCAGGACACUAGAAUGUUGGACUGAAAUCUCCAGUAAAGUUAAGGAAUCUACGGUCAUGGCUGAUUUUGACUUGAAGAUGGACGGUAGAAUUUUGAACGAUGGCACCAAUAACCACAAAGAAUAACUGGUUUGUUGGUAGUUUUAAAGGGAAGAGAAAAUUAGACAGCUCUAUGUAAGUUAUGGAGUGCAAUCUGUGAGUUGUGAAGAUCAUAUGAAAAUAAACAAGUAUUAGCAAUUUUAUUAUCAUAUCAAGUAUUCCUGUACUGCUUGAAUGCCUAUAA